GAAUGUGAAGAGUGGGGUAUGGGUGCUGUGAGACAUCAAUGCCCACCCGAAAUGAGUUUCCAAAAUGUUUGGCAAAAGUGUGUGCCUGAUGCAGAAUGGCAGCAGACGAUAUAUAUUGAACCUCCCACGAGACCUGGAUAUACAUUGCACCUUCAAUGUGAACCAUUCAAUUGUACUGACCAAUACACGGAAACAACGACUACAACCACAACUCCAUACCCAACAACAACCAACUACAACAACGACCCCGUGUACAACGACUACAACCCCAUGCCCAACUGAAACAACAACUCCUUGUACGACUGAAUCGUCAACGACUUCAUCUCCUUCGUUUUGUAAACAGUGGAAAAUGCAGAGUGCAGUGUUCUCUAUUUUUGUGCUAAGUUUUCUAAAGGUUGCGAUGGGAGAAAUGUUACGUCCUGUAAGCGAUGGACAACCAGGAUGUCUCAUCCGUUACGAGUUUGGACGUUAUUGGCCCAACAAUUUCGAUCGACACGCGUACUGGGAAUGUCAUGUGUGGGGUGAAGCUGCUGUAAAAUAUGAAUGCCCAUCUAAUAUGAGUUUCCAAGACAUUUGGCAACAAUGUGUGCCAGAUGCAGAUUGGCAACAGACACCGUAUAGUGAACCCCCCACAAAACCCGGUGACAUGUCGCAUGAUCAAUGUGAACCAUUAAAUUGUACAUCUCAUCCUUUGACCACAACGACACCUCACACGACUGAACCAUCAACAACAACGCCUUGCCAGACCGAAACGGCAACAACACCUACUACUACAACGCCUUGCCAGACUGAACCAUCAACUACAACUACAACAACACCUUGCCCGACAGAACCAUCAACUACAACAACACCUUGUCAGACUGAACCAUCAACUACAACAACACCUUGCCAGACUGAACCAUCAACUACAACAACGCCUUGCCCGACUGAAUCGUCAACUACAACAACGCCUUGCCCGACUGAAUCAUCAACUACAACAACGCCUUGCCCGACUGAAUCAUCAACUACAACACCUUGCCCGACUGAAAUACCAACUACAACAACACCUUGUCAAACUGAACCAUCAACAACAAGUACAGCAACUCCUUGUCCGACUGAACCGUCACUAACUCCUACAAUACCCCCUCAUCAUCCCGAACAAACAACAACGACAACUCCCCCUAAUCCAUCUGGCAACUGCCCAGGAGCUCAAGAUGGUCAAUAUGCUCCUGGACCGUACAGCUGUGCCCCACCACCGUGCACCUGGGAUCAGUGGAAAGAUAAAAAACUUUAUCCCACAAGAGACCCUACUAAAUUCUACCAGUGUGGUCCCGGCGUUGGCAACCUUUAUGUAAUGCCUUGUGCUCCUGGCACUUGCUUCAGUUUUGAUGUGCAAGGCUGUGUUCAUGUCUAUGACUGGAAAAAUCCUUGCACGAGCCAAUAAAAAGAAAUUAAUGUGUAUUAUUAAAAUAUAGAGAUAUAUUUGUCUCUAAAAUAUGCUAUGGGACGAAAUGUAGUAUAAUAUCGCACUGUGAGGGUCGCAAUGAUGUAUUGAGGCCUUGGUUAUUUUGAGAUAGAAGCCCUCAAACAUUAAACGAUAAUUUUUCAUAUAUUUAUAAUUUAUAUUUUAAGGUAAAAUUUUAACUAGUAAUAUAUCAUGUUGUAGCCUAAAAUAAAAAAGAUAAUAAUAAUAAAAUAUAAUUCCUGCAA